CUGAUUCUAUUCUUCAUUUGAAUUCAACUAUUGCUGACUCUGGGAGUUGGGGACAGAUACCAUAUAUCUUGAUGAAAAUGUUAUUUUCCCCAUUUUAUAAUAUAUAAAUAAAUAGUAUUAUUUUAAUAAAAAAUUUAAUUUAUGAUUUUAUUAUAAUAUUAGCAGUCAUAUUUUACUAAAUUACCCGUAUAAAUUAAGCAAUUUUCAAAUAAACUCUUGUGUCAAACAAUUUUUUUUUGAAAUUAAUGAGAAAGAAAAAAAAAAAAACCACUCUUCUGAGAACACGGUUUUGGACCGCGAACCAAACUGAGCCUUGUUAUUUUGGGGCAUGCGCUGUUGUUUACAAAAAACGACGUCGUUCUCUAAUUUCAUCUGGUACAGGGUUGCCCUGGCAGCAGUGUCUUCAACAACUUCAAAAGCCCAAACCCCAGAGGUAGAGAUAGAGAGGGACGAUGAGUAGAGCCAAGAGAGAGCAGCUGAGUCGAACUCUGAAUUCCCACCUCAACAACAUCCACGAGACCUUCCAGGUUUUGGAUCAAACAUCUUCACUUCCUCUUGACAAAGUCAGUUGGGAUGACGUUAUACAGAUGGGAGAGCAAGUCUACAAACAAGCUACUAUUGUUGGAAUGCUUUGGACCGGGGAAGCACCUGAAGUUUCAGCACUGGAAGGGAAUAUGGAAGCAUACUUCAAUAUGCUACAGGGUUUCCUUUUUCUCUCCCAUGGAAGUACAGUGGGUGCAGGACCUACUCUUUCUUCCAGUAUUCAUGCAUCGGUGAAGCAAGUUGUGGAUUCUAGUUUUCGGUUAUUGAAAGAGUCUGUCUCUUCCUAUGGAUCCCGCAACAGAGACCAGAAACUCUCAAUCCCACAGUUAGUGGGUGCGGUUUGGGAGGCCUGUUCUGCUCUUAAGAAGACUCCUGCCACAAAUAUCACAGCCAUUGGACGAACAAUGACACAGGUUGCAGUUUCCAUGAAGGAUGUCCUUCGCGAGAUGAAGGAGCUGAAGCCAGCUUCCUCAGACCCAACUGAUGAAACUUCUGAUGAGGCUUCCAACAAAGCAGAAAGCAUACCUGAAAAUGAUGAUAAUUCAAGUGAAGGUGAUCUUGGCAAUGACCUGUCGCCUGAGGAAAUGAAAAUUGCAGUAUCAGUGAUAUCAGUUGUCACUGAAAUUCUUGCAGUCAUAAAGGAGCUUAUCCGCUGCAUUACAGGCUUGGUUAAACAGGAAGAUGCAAACAAGAGUAGUAAUUUUGUGGAUUCGUUGGAGAAGUUAUUGAAGCUCUGCCAAGGAAUUGGUGUACAGGUUGAUGAGCUCGGUGCUUGUCUUUACCCCCCACAAGAGAUUCCUGCCAUGAAGGCCGCCGCAGAGAAAAUAUCUGGCAGUGUUGAUGAAAUACAGGCAGAGAUAGAAAAUCUUGGAGGCACCACAGAAACCUUCAUUCAGGCAUGCAAUGUUUUGAGGAGCUCUCUGGGACAGCUAAAUUCCCUAGUGGGUGAUUCCAGUACUGCUGAUCUUGUACCUGAAAUGCAGAAUCUUGCUGUGACAAGUUAAAGAGAGAGAGGGAGAGGGAGAGAGAUGAAGAAAGAGAAUGAGAAAGAGAGAGAGAGAGAGAGAGAGAGAGAGAGAGAGAUUACUUUAUUGUUUGAUAUUUUGAUUUACUUAAUUCAACUCAGCAAAGUUAAGCCCUUUUUACUCUGAAAGAUAAUCUGGAUAAAAGCCAAAUUGUUUGGUUUCUUA